CUAUCCUAAAAUUGACAUAUUGCUGACCAGCUGUGUGCCGAAUUUUGCGUGCUGACGAAGGAAAAAUUAUAAUUUUUAGAAAUUAAAUUGGUUUAUUAAUACAUUUCCUUGUACCUACCUUCUUUAAAGUACAUUAGAUACAAUGGACACUGAAAAAUCCAGUAGUAGUUCCUUUGAAGACCUAUCCAAUAUAAACGAAUUGGAAACUAAAUCAGCACAAGUAAAGGAGUUGGAUGUCAAAGGAGAAGAAAAAGACACCUUUCAAGUUGGGGCGAAAAUUGAACAAUAUCAUCAGGAAAAUAUUAAGCAUGAAGGGAGUGAAAUUGGUGCUUCUAUUGGAGAUGAAGAGCCGUGUGAUGUGUUAGGCAAUGGCCAGUUAGUUAAACGUGUUAUAAAACAGUCUCAAUUAAGUACUCGCCCAGCAAGGGGAGAUCUAGUAACGGUUACAUUUAAGGGUCGAAUGCCUAAUGGAAUCGUUGUUGAGAAAAAGGAAAAUUAUCAAAUUCAUGUUGGAGAUUACGAGGUUGUGCAAGGUCUUGACAUGGUUAUUCCUUUAAUGAACGUUGGCGAAGUUGCUGAAGUUACUAUCGAUGCAAGAUUUGCUUACGGUAGCCUAGGUUUAAAAAAUGAAGAAAAUGAAAACGCAAGCGUGCCUGCAGAUUCAACACUAAUAUAUGAAGUACAUUUACAAGAUUGUAAAAGUGAGGAUUUUUCGGAUUUAAAGUCCUUUGAGAUACGCCGGAAAUACGGAACACGUAAAAAGGAACGGGCAAACUUCUGGUAUAACCGUAAUGAAUACAAUACGGCCAUUCAGUUGUAUAGGCGAGCGUUAGAAUUCUUGGAUGAUCGCGAUGGUGAUCCUGAUUCUGCGUUCGAUAAGGAAGAUUUGGAAUUUUCUAAUAGCGAUUUGCAAACAUUACUCGAGGAUAGAUUGAUUGUCUACAAUAAUCUGGCAAUGGCUCAAAUUAAAAUUUCAGCGUUUGAUGCUGCUUUGAAGUCAGUAGAAAACGUACUACGUUGCCAGCCAAGCAAUUCUAAGGCUUUGUAUCGCAAGGGACGAAUUCUUGAGGGAAAAGGUGAUACGAAAGGAGCUAUUAAUUUAUUACAAAAAGCUGCGACAUUCGAACCAGAUAGUAAAGCAAUUCAGCAGGACUUAGCAAAGUUGAUAAUCAAAGCACGCAGAGAAGAGCACAACGAAAAAGAAAUGUAUCAAAAAAUGCUGGGACAAGCAAAAAAACUUGAACAGAAGCAUAAACAACCGCAGAAGCAACAAAACAUUGAAAGCUCAAAGCUUAAACUUAUAGGAUAUUUAAUGGGAUCAAUUUUAAUUGGUGUAGCUGGCGUUGCUAUAUAUAGAUACAAAUACUAGAUUUAGUGGAUUAAUGGACAAAAGCCUACUGUGCGAGGAACAUCAAAAUAAGUUUAUUUAAUAAUCAAAAAUUAAAAAAAUUGAUAAAGCAUUUAACAACAAGAAAAUUAGAAUCGGAUCAAAUUUCUGUUUAA